UAUGACGGUCUUGCGGAGCAAGAUAGACGCCUGGUGAACGCAGCAUCUGGAGGGGGAAUUGUCAACAAAACCCCUUCCCAAGCUAGGAACCUCAUCUCGGAGUUGGCCGAGAAUUCUAGACACUACAAUGGGAGGUCAUCAUCAAAACGGGUCAUGGCAGCGGAAUCCAACAUCUCGUUGGAAAGUCAAGUAGCUGACUUGACUUCUUUGGUAAAGGAUUUCCUUUUAAAUCCAAAACACCAAGAAGUCAAGGUCUGCGGCAUAUGCUCAACACAGGGGCACCCCACCGAUUCCUGCCCAACACUACAAGAAGAGAAUUCCGAGCAAGUCAAUGCUUUGGGAUUUCAAGGCCAAAAGAGGUAUGAUCCACACUCUAACUCCUACAAUCCUGGGUGGAGAGAUAACCCGAAUCUGAGAUAUGGGAACCCUAAAAAUCAGCCCUUGCAACCAACUUUCCCAAAUCACCAAGGCCAGACGUCAAGCUCAAGUAUGUCCACCGAAGACAUGAUCCGAGCACUCACUUCCAAUGUCUCAACCAUGCAACAAAACAUGGUUCAAUUUCAGCAUGAGACCAAAUCCAACAUUCAGAAUUUGGAAAGCCAAGUCAGUCAAAUUGCAAAUGCCGUAAACCGACUUGAAACAAAGGACUCGGGUAAACUCCCAUCUCAAACGGAGCAAAACCCGAGACAACAUGUGAAUGCUAUAACGUUGAGAAGUGGGGCAACGUUGAAAGAGGUAGAAGAGAACGAUGAAGAGACUGGGGGUGUGGACCCUGAAAAAGUAGUCCCACCGGAGGAGGAGAUCACAGAAAUCAAGCUCCCCCCACCCUCAUCAUAUGAACAAGAAAUCCCGUUUCCUGAGGCGCUGAAGGAGACAAAGAAGCUAGAAAAAGAUGUUGACAUCUAUGAAACCUUCGCAAAGUGUGAGGUAAACAUUCCGCUUCUUAACUUAAUGAAAAAUGUCCCUCGUUUUGCUAAAUUUUUAAAAGAAUUAUGCAAAACAAAAAGAAAAGAUAAAUUAAAGGGGAAACAAGAGGUUAGAGUUAGUGAACGCGUCUCGACCAUUUUUCAGAGAAAACUCCCCGAAAAAUGUAACGACCCAGGCAUUAUCACUAUCCCUUGCAAAAUAGGAGACACCACAUUUCCUAAAGCCUUGUUGGAUUUAGGGGCAUCAAUAAAUGUCAUCCCUUAUUCUGUUUAUAAAACCCUACAACUUGGCCCAUUACAUCAAACCGGUGUAGUGAUUCAACUCGCGGAUCAUUCUAGUACUUACCCGAAGGGUGUAAUAGAAGAUGUGGCAAUAGAAGUAGGAAAUAUAGCUUUUCCUGUUGACUUCUAUGUCCUUGAAAUGGGAACUGAUGACCACACAACACCCAUCCUUCUGGGUAGACCGUUCAUGAAGACCGCAAAAACGAAAAUUGACGUUUCUAGUGGUUCACUAACUUUAGAGUUCGAUGAUCAAAAAGUGGAAUUCAACAUCUUGGACUCUAUGAAAAAACAAAUGCAAAAUCCAACUCUUUGUUCUUUACAUGUUGUUGAACCACAAGAACCGGUAUUUUUCAAAGAAGCGGAUAAAAUCAGAUUUUUUUCAAAAAGAGAAAAAUGAACACGAGAAGCCAUCCUUGAUAGGAAGGAAUGUGAUAAAAUGUGAACCAAAUCCACCGAUGAUGGAGGUGGUAGUGAGAAAGAAACCCCGGCCUUACUGGAAAAGGCCGAAAAAUAAAUUUGAAAAAUGGCUAAAUAAGGCCACAAAAAAUGAAUCAAGGGAUGUUCACGAUCCCACUUAAAAAAAUGAAAAACAAUGAAUAACGUCGUGCCACGACGUUAACUAAGGCGCUUCUUGGGAGGCAACCCAAGUUUUUUUUUAUUAAUUCAAGUGUUUAUAAUUCAUUUUUGUCUAAUUAUUUGAGAGAUCAGUGAGAGAGGGCACUAAUCACGGGUUUUGGGAGGAAAAGAAAUAAAAAAUGCAGGUUUUGGAGCAUCUGGGGACAUACCCGAUCGAGUACAACCUGAUACUCGGUCGGGUAUGGCCAAAAGAAAGGGAACCGGGCACUACUCGAUCGAGGAAGCAUUCAAUUUUUGAAAAACAAGGGAUACCCGACCGGGUAUCACUAUACACCCGGUCAGGUAUGUACAGAAAUGCUGAAGUUGAAGGAAACUGAUUCCCACACUCGAUCGAGUACAUGCCUCAAACGUAGAAAAGAACACAUACCCGAUCGAGUAUGGAAUGAUACCCGAUCGGGUACCGGAGGCAGACCACUCACAAACUUCAUUUUCCAGCAAUACUCGACCGGGUAACAACACAUACCCGAUCGAGUACCGGAGGCAGGCUGCUCAAAAACCCCACUUUCCAGACAUACCCGACCGAGUAACAGCACAUACUUGAUCGGGUAUACGGGCAUUAUAACCCCAAAUCAGCCCCAAACACUUCAUCUUCCCCAAAAUCCCCAACCCAAAUUCGAACAAAAUGCCCCCAACCUCCAUUCUUACAUCUUCUUUCUACCAUAUCUCCUCCAUUUCUUCACCAAAUCAUUCCAUUUCAACACCAAAACACUCCCCUCAUCCUCCUCUACACACUCAUACUCACCAAUCCAAUUCUCCCCCAGUUUUCAGAGGUCCGAAAAAACCCUACCCCCACCUUCAAAUUUCGGAUUUCAAGCCCAAAUUCACUCAAAAAUGGCUCCAAGGAAGGAGAAAGGACAAAGCUCCAACACUAGGGCAUCCAUCCCGGGCUACGAGGACAUCAUCUUCAUGGACAACGAACAGCGCACCCGCUUCAUGUCCACCAUUUAAAGGCAAGUUAAACCCUCUCGCUUUUUAUGCCAUGAUGCCCUAAAUGAAUUAGGAGUGUACAAAAUGACUAAGAAAUUUUUUCAUGAGUUGAGCAUGGAUAAGAUAUUCAAAAUGCAAUAUCACUCAAAUGAAAAAAUUAUCUAUGAAUUCAUAAGCUCAGUGCAAUUUGAGAACGAUGAAGAGGAUUUUAGGGAUGAUAAACUCAAGUUUCGCUUGUUUAACCACAACCACUCCAUCACGAAACUUGAGUUCGCCGAACACUUUGGUAUUCCGGUCCCUUACCAAAAAUCUAUAUCCGACAAUACCGCUUUCGGCCAUACCCUAUGGACAAAGAUGACCGGAGAGACUAAAUUUAGCUCCUCCCAACUCUAUAUUAGUCAUGUCCAACAUCCCGUCCUCCGCCUAUUUUUGAAAUUCCUUGCCAACUCCUUACUUGGACGUCCCAACAACCAUCACACUAGGAUGGGGGAUGUAUGCCUAAUGUCGGUAGCCCUAUUCCGUGUUCACGUGGAUUUCAACCUGUGUAAUCUUAUGUGGGCACAUCUCAAAAAAGAAAGCGUAACAAAGGGCGCUAUUGUGGUGGGUGGGGUGAUUAUGCACUUGGCCACCAAGUUCGGGUAUACGGAUAACUCUCCUAUACCCGACUACUGUUUGAUGAACAUUUCUUGGCUGGGCCACUCGGACUGUACAUCUUUUUCACACACAUUUUAUGGUGAAGAAAGACCCAAGAAUAUGUACAACUGGCUCAUCCACCCCAAACCCCUCAAAUACUUCCUCCUGCCCAACCCAGAACUCCCCCAACUCCACUACAAAACAGCAAGAGAGGAGCAACAUUACCGCUUCCCACACGCCCUUCCACCACAUCUCCAGGAACCGGAACAAGAACCUCCCCAACACCAACCCGAUUACGAGCCCUAUGCUCAACUCCAUAACCAUCAAAACAUGGGCCAGGACAUCCCCGAACAAAGCCAAAACCCUCCACCACCUGACUUCUUUCAACAACUUCUGGAGGGUCAACAACAACUGCUUACGGGAUACGCCCAAAUGGACAACCGGCUCAACCGAUUAGAGGAGGAGCAAAGAGCCGGUUUUCAGCGAUUUGAGGAGCUCAGGGAAGCCGAUAGACAUCAGUAUGAGGAAGACCAACGUAGGUUCUACGGACCUAUGUACUCUUACAUAGCACAACAGGGAUCCUUCCAUACCAUGGCGAACCCCCCUCCACCACCCUCGUGGUAUGACACCACUCAUUGGGGUAACUUUGGAGGAUCUGGCUCCGGCGGUGGAGGGUACGACGACGGAAAUGGCGGGGACACGUAUAUGGGAGAUGGUGGCCAAGGGAGCGGCUUCGGAGGGAGCUACUACGGUGGAGAAGGCGGGCACUAGGGACAGUGCUUGAUUCAAGUGCGGGGGAGACACUCAUGAUGGCACUCAUUGUAUCUCUGUGAAGAAUAAGAAGAUUCAGAAAUCAAAGACAAAGAAGAAGAGAGGAGGAGAAGAGAAUAUAACACUAGAAGGUCAUUAAACCCAAGAUGUUCUUUGUAAUUUGAGUUUAAACUCAUUUUUUCUUUGUCAUCCUUGGUUGUCUUUGUGUUUGUAUGUUGUUUUUGUUGAACUGUGGAAAUUUUGGAGAAACUUGACACUUGUGAACAUUUGAUCUUACUCGAGACGAGUAAAGGUUCAAGUGUGGGGGAGUUGAUACGUUUGUAAUUUCCAUAUUUAUGUUUGUGUUUUUAA